AUGUGCAGGGCUGCCUACCCUGUUUCAAUGCACAGAUAUGCGAGAGCCAAAGAAGUCAGUCGGGCUCUGACUCACACGAUUCCCUUCCAGAGGGGAGGUCACAGUCUUCAAAGAGUUCACGCUAAGAUUGGUCCCUUUCAGCCGCCAGAGGGACGACGGUUCUCUUCGUGGAGUGAUGAAGUGCAAGCUAGCAGGCGCCUAGUUCAAGCCGUGCAACUCUUUCCAGGCACAACAGAGCAAGCCCAAGAAGCUCUGACACAGCUUCAAGGGCUCUGGCUCUGCCAUGAUGCUGGCAGCCGCCCAGAAGCUUUUGCAGUUUCUCCACGAACCGUACAUGCAGCAUGCAUAUGUAUUCACGCAGGGCUGCUGCGGGCAGAGGCCGAACAAGUGCUGAGAUGGCUGGCUGCUGAGAUUGUCUCGCGAUUAGCCGCGUUUCGUCCGGGCACAGGAGUUGCAGGAACAGCCUACGUCAGUGUCCUCCAGAAGGAACCAUGCGCAAAACAGCUGAUGCCACUUGUGGAAGAACACCUUUUGCAACUUUCUCCAAGAUCUCGAGUGCUGACACCAAGGGGAAUUGCAAACUUGGUGAGCCUGCUGUAUGGGAACCUAACAGACCGAACAACAGGCCCUGGCUUGACACACCUUCGUGACCUGGCUGCUUGCCAUUUGAGCUCAUUCCAGGCUGCGGAACUGUUGGAUCUCGCGUCUGGCCUUGCAAGUUGCAAGAAGUUGAAUGACGACUUCUUGUGUGAAAUUCGUAGAGCAGUGGACCUCGCAGCUUCGGCUCCACUCGAAAGCCACCAGAACGACCUGAAUCUGACAAGAACGAAUUCUGUCAGUCAUUUGCCUCAAAUCCUUGCACAGUUCUUUGAGACUCUAUUGAUAUCAAAACCUGCUGGGUGGUCUUGUGCAACUGGUGGCAGUGCCAAGAUCUACGGCGUACCUCGCCUGUCCGAGUUUUUGGAAGCUUUCAAGCAGUUUCCAGUGUUCCAAGACCCUUUUGCGGACAAUGGCUUGGCACACAGAUUGGAUGUUGAGACUAGUGGUGCCAUGCUUGUAGGCACAACAUUUCGAAGCUAUUGGAGGCUGCGCUUGGAAUUUGCCGCGCAAGAAGUGAAACGACAAUACUUGGCAGUCGUCCAUGGAACAGUUUUGCCUCUCCAGAUCGAGAGGGAACUCGAUCUGCCUCUGAAGAUAACUCGAGUUCCACGAACGCGCUCCGACCACUUCAGCAACUCAAGCUACUCUCCACACUCUCCACACUCUCCACACUCGGUUCAAUCCAAGUCAGCAGUCUGCUUUGAGGCUGGAAGGUGUGGCCUCUCUCACCUUGCCCAAAUCAUGGCAGGGGGCAUCGGACUGAGAGAGGUGAAACAAUGCAGCGAUGACAGCUUCCAAAGCCUGUGGGAUGGUGCAGGUGAUCACAUCCUGUUUGAGUGCCUGGAUGAUGGAGGCCAACCUCAGGGCUAUGCUGUUGCCCGCAUCAUGACUCAGUACCAGGGAGACAAAGACGGUGGUUUCCUGAAACUAGAGUAUGUGGCAGCUUCAGAUGAAUAUUACCAACACUGGAUUACUUCAGAAGGCGGCUCAGGACGGUAUCACCACGUGUGCCGAAAGAGCCUGGGUGCCUGUCGACGCAAAGUUGGCGAAAGUGGUGUUGUGCAUAUUCAGAAGCUAGCCUUUGUGACUUCGGCUGAUGUGGACAGCAUAGUCAAAGAAUGGAAAGCCAAGAAGUUGGACAAUGGACCUCCCGUAGGACCGGGCACGGCGCCAGUGAGCUCAAGGGGACGCCCUGAGGAUCACUUGACAACCGCCUCCAAGAGGAAGGCCAAGCGCCCCCCGUCCUAUGAGGAGAGGUCACCCAGGCGACGCGAGCAGAACCAGGACUUUGGAAGUGAAGACAGCAAGGACGAGCGAGACCAGGAUGUAGGGCGCUCCAAUGCAAGGCGUCGUAGACGUAGGAGGCACUCCUCGCGCUCCCCCCGGUGUAGGCCGGAGGAGGCUAGGGGAAGUGUGGGUGAGUUCUCCAGGAAACGCCAGGAGGCAACCAAGCCUUCGCCCCUGGACGCGAUGCUGGGGGAUGAUCUGGAGGACCCCCUGCAGAAUGACAGGAGGUUGGAGCAGCUUCGUGCCAGCUUGGAGGACAGGAAGAAGAAGGCGGAGGAGAAGACUUCGGCCAGUGCAGUGCUGGUGCAACGCGUGCAAGAUGGUUUGGAGAGGAAUGCCCAGAAGAAAAAGAAGAGCAGUGAACAGGAGAAGGUCACCAAGGCCCUGCAGGUGCUCCGUGGAAAAAAGAGCCAAGAGGAGUCGAGCAGUUUGAAAAGUGAUAGUGAGGAUGAUGAGCUGCAGGUGAACAAGAAGCACGACUUGACCAGCCGUCAGCGGAAAUUGCGCAAGCUGUCUGCUGACAACCCAGGAACACUCCUGGUGCGGGGCUUCACCUUGAUGCAUGAGCAGCUUGGUACCCUGUAUGGCGAUGCGGCUUCCACUGGCUCAAAAGCAGAAGCUCUCCAACCAGCCGCACUGCGAUACCUGCUGACCACGGCAAUCCCUCAGAUGGAUCCGAAGCAGGUAGGUGAGGAGACAAUGAGGGAGCUAAGGACAUUGGCAAGCACGCUGGACUUGGUCGUCAGUGGACGGGUGCUGAUGGCUGCCGACAUGCUGAUGCAGAGGUACAAAUCCAUCCUUAUGUCUAUCCGCGACCACCCCACGGCUGCAUCGAAGUACUUGGAGCUCAUCCCCCUUGAGCUGCACCCAACUGCAUCGACGCUGGAGGAGUCAGACUUUGCUCGCAGCAUGGCGGUCAAGGAUGCCAAGAGCAGCGAAUUGCUGAAGAAGGAGGAAGCCAGCGUUGCGCGGCCAAAAGCCUUCACCUUCGAGGAGCAGGAGCCCCUUGAAGAGACAGGUGAGGUUCCAGGACCCGCUGACCAGCGUCAUCCCGGAGCCAGCACAGGAUCCAAGACUGGGUCUGAUGAGGAUGAAGGACGCACGAGAAGCCGUGCCCAGGAAGGAGAACGAGAGCAGAUCCCAAUGGAAGAACCGUGUCUUCGAGCACAAGAGACGAGAGGAGGAGAAGCAUGGUCAGGGGGGACGCUCGAAGGGCAGCGGGAAGAGAGGCUGAAGCCCCCUGUGGCGGCAGGGGAUGUGCUGAGUUGCCCUGUGGCGGCAGGGGAUGUGCUGAGUUGCCCUGUGGCGGCAGGGCAACGAAUUAUAUCCGCCCCUGUGGAGGCAGGGGGUGGACCAGCUGAGAAACCAGCCCUUGUGGUGGCAAGGGGCGUUGCAGCAGGUCCACAAGAUGAGUCUGCAAGGUCAGACUGCCGUGGUGCUGAGACGACUGAGCUCAGUGUAAUGCGCGGCGAAUGUUUACAAGUUCCUGGGGAGGACCGCACAGCUUCCCAGGUCUCCCACGCCCUGCCGCUCAGGCUGCAAGAACUUCUGCCGGGGCUUCCGGUGGCAGGCGUGGCAGGGUCGCUGAGUGCAGUGAAUGCUGCAACUGGCGAUGUUCGAGCGUGGGUGCUGGAUCCCUCGUUGACAUUGAAACCGCCUGAGUGUUGGCCAGGUGUGCCCCCCAAAGCAAGGAUUAACGCCACCAAAGAUGAAUGGUACAGCAUCUGCGAAGUUUUGUUCCACAGGGGCAUUAUAGAACCUAUUGAUUACACGGAGAUUUUCAAAGUAGGAGAUACCCCGGUUCUAAAUGGAGCAUUCGCUGUUGAGAAGCGCGGGAAGGCUGGUGUAGGCCAGUGCCGUGUCACACGACUGAUCAUGAACUUCGUCCCAGCAAAUAGCUUUCAGCGUUUGAUGGCAGGAGAUUUGAGCACGCUCUCCGGCUCUUCGGCAUGGGCGCAAUUGGUGCUGGAGCCGAAUCACGUCCUCCUGUGGAGCGGAGAUGAUCAGAAGGGGGCUUUUUAUGCGUGGGAACUUCCACGUUGUUGGCGUCCGUACAUGGCUUUCUGCUGGCCCGUGCCCGGUCACUUGGUGGGAUCAAAGAAGCAAUGGGAGUACGUGGCCUCCAGAGUUAUUCCCAUGGGCUGGAUACAAGCGGUUAGCUUGUUUCAGCAUUUGCACAGGAACCUUGGCAUGCUCCAGCCUCCUGUUGGUGCGGGCCAUCCGGAGGAACUGGAAUGGAGAAGAGACCGGCCGGUGCCACAAAGUUCAGAUGGCAAUGUAUUAGAGUUUGUCCAGUUUUACCUGGACGACUUUGACUGUCCGGAACUGGUUCCCAGUGACGGCUGGGAAGGUAAGCAGGGCACUAUGGGUGAGACGCAUAAGAGACAGCGACAGGCCUACCAUAGCUGGGGGGGUUGGUAUAGCUGA